AUGAGACCAAAAAACCAACAAAUCAAUCUCAAGUCCUCUCAUAAAACAAAUCAAUUCAUGAAGAAGACACAUAAUUCAUCUAAUGAGAAACGUCUUUUGACAGGUGUCCACACAACAAAGCCUCCAUUUGCAGACGGUGUAGCAUUCUCUGCAUAUGUGUCUACACACGAAACAGAUAUAUCAAAAGACCACACAAUUAAAUUUGACAGAAUAGUGACAAAUCUUGGCAAUCACUAUAAUCCACAUUCCGGAAUAUUCACAGCUCCACAGCAUGACGUGUAUGUGUUUACAUGGAACCUUUACUGUUAUGUGGGAGGCUAUAUUUAUUCCCAGAUCCUUGUCAACUCUAAUGCUGUUGGGGCCAUGUUCACAUCGGGCGAGGGCGCAACAGCUGUUAGAACUACAACAGGAGUCGUGGUGGUAGAGGUCAAUCAAGGUGAUGUGGUGUUUGUCCGUACUCAUCCUACUGAAAGCCACCUUGGAAAUCUCUACAGUCUUUCCAUUUGGAGAUCGUCAUUCAAUGGAUGGAUGAUAUACGAAAACAAAAUACACGAAAAAUAA